CUUUUCUCUCCCCCCCACCCCGGCGCACGCCUUCCGCCCGUCGUGCCCGAUCUCCCCCUUCCUGGCGCGAUCAGGUGAUAGUUAGUCAGCGGAUCGCCGGAUUACAAAAAGGUGCGGGAAGGCCGCAGCGGGGCGUCUCCGGCUUGCGUCUCGACACCGAAGUGGGCCUCGUUUUUACCCUCCCAGAGAUGAUGAAGUGCGGCGGGACCAGCGAGGCCAAGCCGGCCACCGCCGAGACGCAGCAAAUUGCUAAAGAGGUGAAGGCACAAGUGGAAGAAAAAGAAGGCAAGGCCUUUGAUGUGUUCGAUGCCGUUGAGUUUAAAACACAGGUAGUGGCUGGUACCAACUACUUCAUCAAGGUCCAUGUUGGCAACGAGGAGUACCUUCACCUGCGAGUGUUCGAAAGCCUUCCUCAUGAAAACAAGCCACUGUCACUCACCAGUCACCAAAGCAAGAAAGCGAAACACGAUGAGCUGGCUUACUUCUAGAAUAAUCGUCAGAAGUCUUCUGUUCAUUCUUUUUAAAAAAAUAAAUCAGUGUUUAUUUUUUUCUGUAAUCACUGUGCCUUGAUCAUAUUAAAUCUGUGGCAUGAUUAUAAUGUCCAAAACAGCUGAUCAUA